AUGACGAUGGAGGUGCAAGGCGCGGGAGCGUGUGAUGAGGUGCUUGCGCUUAAGCAGUUUCUACAGGGGAUGCUGCUUGCCGAUCAUGAUGGACAUUAUGAACCUUCGUUGCCGGAGCCAAGAAAGGGUGUGAUCCAGAAUGACAUAUUGCUGGAGCAUAUGGGAGUCCCGAUGUCUGAUGCGAGUUCCAGUGGUUGCUCGGCGUAUUCACUGGAUGACGAGCGGCCUGCUGCAGUAGUGCCACUGCAUAUAUUGUCGCCGCAACAGCAUCAGCAGCAGAAUACUUGCCACCCUGUUCAUGUCAACGAGUUGGACGUAGUGAACCAUGAUCGUUUUGAUGCAGAGGACUUAUUGGGUAAUGAUCAGAACGAGGUGGAAGAUGAUACAUGUAACCCCCAUCAGGAAGACCAAUUCUCUCGCUCGUAUGUGAACAAAACGUCCACGAAGCUUCUGAGAAGAAGUACUACCUUCGAGCCAGACUUUCAAACGCGUAUGAAGCAGUUCUUGCUGAAAAACCAGCAGAAGAAAGAGAGAAUCCGCCAGUCGUUGAAGGUUCAUGAUGAGCCCGAGAUCACCCCAGUGCCACAAAUUAACCGGAGAUCGAAAUGUAUCCCUCGGAACGUAUCACACUUGAUGGCAUGGAACAAUGAAAAGGAAACCAAGCUUGCACGUCUGAGAGACACCGAGACAGCCAAACAGGAGGCAAAUUGUAUAGGGAAGCCCUCUAUCAGUAAACACUCAGUCGAGAUCUUCUCGAAAAGACAAGAUGACGUUGCGCUCUGCAAAGUGGAAGAUCGAUUGCAUUUGCUUGGACUUAUCUAUCAGUACCAGCAAGAAGAGCGAAAACGAGCUGAAGAGAGAGAUGCAAGCUCGAGUGUGCAACCUCGGUUGGCGCCUCAUUCAGCGAAUGUUCAGCGUAGGAGGCGCUUUUCAGUCCAUGAACGUCUCUAUCAGUUGUCAAAGCGAAAAUUGGCCACAUCAGAUAACAACGAUAGUGAACACUGCACAGGGGAAAGCACAGCUCGACGAAGACGGGAACGAAAUACGAACAGCAAAACCAUUGUAGACACGGCACAGCGACUACAUGCUUUGGAUAAGCAAUAUAAGCAGAAACAAAUGCUUCUGCGUGAAGAGCGGAAGCGAUAUUUCGACGAUUUACGGGUAAGAUUCCUAGCUAGAGACGAAAUUCUGAUUCCGCCCGAUAACGAAAUGCCGUCUUUGUUCAAUAUUACUCACCAGGCAGCACCAAAGAUGAACGCUCGAAGCCGCAUGCUCGCUGCCAAGAAGAAGAAAAUCCCUACACCGAAAAGCCCUCUCCGGUGUGGCUGCUGCGGAGGGAAGGAGAAUAAGGAGGGGAAAUGUUGCUGCACGAUCGAGCCGCGAGUUAACCAAAAGCGUGCUGCUGACAUUUAUGAUCGGCAGCUAAAGUGGAAAAAUGCCAACGAGGCCAGACGCUCCCAUCAAAAACAGCUACAGGAUACGCUAUCGAUGAUGGAGUGUACAUUCCGGAAUCCAUUUUACCGGAAGGCAUGGAACACCCUCGACGACAGACAGAGGCAAUCAACCGAAAAGGAAACCACAGAGGCCAGCGCUGCAUUCUUCAAUCGAUGUAUGAUCUGGGCCGAAAAGAGAAACCAGCAAGUAGCUCAAGAGAAGAAAGUAAUUGACGAGAAGCGGCUGGAAGAAUGCACCUUUAAGCCGCGAGUCAUUAGACGAACACCAAAAUACUUGGCACCCAAGCACAUACAGUCGAAUCAGCAGGACGAAGCUGAUCCUUCUUCAAGCCAAUCGUCUAGCCCAUCGCAUAUCCCUAACUUCUCGAUGACACCAUCGCCAGAGAGACGUGAUCUUGCCACGGAAGAGCUUAUGACUCAACUGUACAGUGCAUUGGACCUUCAGGCGUUGGUGGGCGAGCUGACGCCCCAGCACAAUUCCAUUGGCUCUGACGACGAAGGAGCGCACGGCUUUCCGAAGUAUACGUUCACAGACCUUGGCGAGUUCGCUGGGCGGUAGUCCGCCGUUGCGAUCGCAGCCUCCAGCUCGUACUAGAGUGCGCUCAACAAGCUGUCGUGCAGCAAUCUACAUGUAUCCGUUGCGUGAAAUUCCUCAGAUUUGCCGAGUCAAGUAUGAUCCGGAUAAAUAGAUGAUUUAUCCGGAAUAAUGAUUUUGCCCAAUGAUCUAUCGCAAUCUUGGAUCUUUUUCUCCAAUAGCAGAGCUC